AUCUUUACCAGCCCAAUGAUGAAUUUUAUCGCAGCAGACGGCUCGUGGUUCGAACCGACGAGGACCGCCGGCGACCCUCCGCCCGCCACCGCCAUGCUCCGCCGCCUUCCCCAUCUUGUCCGCGCCGCCUCCCAGUCCCAGCUUCCCUCCCUUAUCCACCAUGGCAACUGCCGCCUCCUCCUCCUUUCCACCUCCCCCGCCCCUUUCUCCCUCGAGGCGUACCUCGUGUCCUCCUGCGGCCUCACCGGAGCCCAGGCCAGGAGCGCGUCCAAGAAGGCGCUCGCCCAGGCAUCCAAGUUGUCCGAGAGGGCAUUCAACGAUCUCUCCUCCACCCGCCUCCACCCCGGCUUCGACCCCGACGCCGUCCUCGCCCUGCUCUCCAGCAUCGGCCUCUCCCGCGCCGACAUCGCCGACGUUGUCGCCGCCGACCCGCUGGUCCUCCGGUCCCGGGUGGAGAAACUCGAGCCGCGCAUCCUCGCCCUCCGCGACCGCGUCGGCCUGUCCGUUCCCCAGAUCGCCCGCUUCCUCGUGGUCGGUUCCUGGGCGCUCCGCAACUGCGGUGACGUCGCGCCCAAGAUCCAGUUCUUCGUCUCCUUGUACGGCUCGUUCGAUCAGUUGCUAGUGGUCAUGAAGAGGAACGGAACACUUCUUGCCAUGGACGUUGGUAGGGUGAUCAAACCCAACAUCGCCUUGCUUCUCCAGUGUGGCCUAAGUGUUCGAGAUAUUGCCCAGCUGUGUUCGAGGACGGCCUGGCUGCUUGCGUUCAGCCUGGAGCGUGUGAAAGAGCUCGUGCUGCGCGCGGAAGAGCUUGGGGUGCCCCGCAGCUCGGGAAUGUUCAAGCAUGCGUUGGGUACUGUAGCCUGUACGACCAAAGAGAACUGUGCUGCCAGGCUUGACUUCUUGAAGAGUAGUCUUGGCUGCACCAAGAGUGAAGUUGCCACUGCUGUGUCCAAGAAGCCAACCAUUUUAGGAAUAUCUGACGAAAUUCUUCUCCGGAAGAUUCACUUCUUGAUCAACGUGGUUGGACUGGAUCCACAGUCCAUUUUGCAAAGGCCUAUCCUCCUCACAUUCAGCCUGGAGAAGCGACUAGUGCCCCGCCAUUGUGUCAUGAAGGCCCUGCUGGCAAAGGGAUUGCUCGAGGGAAAUGUCAGCUUUUACACAUUUUCUCUAAUUGGAGAGGAGACUUUCAGAUUGAAGUUUGUCGAGCCUCACAAGGACUCUGUUCCUGGGCUUGCAGAUGCUUAUGCCACUGCCCGUGGUGGCAGUGUGCCCCCAUAGUUCAGCUUUGACUUUGACAUCUUGAAGUGUUUUAAUAUUCUCAAUAUUAUUCAGGCAGAUGGUAGAAUUUCUACUCAUGCUCACUGGUAACUGUCCAAGCUACAGACUGCUUUUGGUUUCUGUAAUGGAACUACUGAUCUUUAACUGCUCAUAUACCCAGUUCAGGAUUUGAUCAUAUAUGAGAAACUGUUUUGAGCUAUUCUGGGUCCUUACUGUUUGAGUGUAGUAGACUAGUAGUCACUUCUUUUGUCUAGCACAUGGCUGAAGCUUAUUCUCAAGUUAGUUGUUCUUCUGCAGAUAGGUCCUUAUUACACUACUUAAGCUACUGUACUAGGAAUUUGUCAUUCUUAGCUUGCUACUAGGAAUUUGUUCACACUAGUUACUGAUACUUCUAUGAGGCUUGCCUGUUUCGUAUUUAGUUGAAUUUGUUACUCUCA